AUGUCAUUACGCAUUAACUGGGAUGCAUUACAGUCAUAUGUAGUUCAAGAAAGAACAAUAGAGUAUAUUACUCAGAUGUUUUUGAAUGCUUUGAAAGAUUCACCAGAAUUUAGUUCAACAUUUAUGGUAAAUACAUUAUCUUUUGGUACAAUUCCACCAACAAUCGAUAUAAUAUCAAUGAAGGAUAUAGAUGUUAAACUCCAAUGGCAUUUAAAGACUCAUAUUUACGAACUUCCUCAAUUACAACAAAUUCCAUUUAAUGCUCCUUUUCAAGCAACUGUUUCUAUUAAUUGGGAAAGCAAUGGAUCAUUUGCAUUCAGUGCUUGUUUGUCUUAUGAUAAAAUUGCACCAGGUUGUAUUAAAUUCCCAUUCAAUGCUUCAAUAUCGAAUUUAUCCAUAAGUGGAAAACUAUGCAUUCUUUACCUCGGAGAUGCUAUUAUUGCAUUCUUUGAAAAAGAUCCUGAUUUUAACUUCCAACUUGAGCUUAGUCUGGGAGCAGAAGAAAAGGUUUUUGAUCAGCAUCAAGUUCGUGAUCUUAUUUGCGAAAUUCUAAGAGGAUGGACUUCCGAUAAUAUUGUUCAUCCUAACUCGCUUAAAUUCCCAUUCAAUCAGCCUACCCAGUAG